GGUUCAUUCUGUUUCCAGUCGGUCAGACCGGACGUAUUUUUCUGUGACACAGGCAGCAUGGACGCUGACUCUCAGCGUGUGUUGGAGCAUCUGACUCUGGUGGAGGAGGCGGCUGAAGAAGUCCUCACCGCCAGACAACAGAUCGUGGACCUGGACACAAAGAGGAACAGGAACAGAGAGGCACUGAACGCACUGAACAAUGAAGUGUCAGAUUCAGAGAAAGUGAAGGUUUGCUUCGGAAACAUGUUCAUCAAAUUUCCCAAAUCAAAGACGAAGGACAUGAUUCAGAAAGACCAAGAGCAGCUGGACAAGGAGAUAAAUGACCUUCGCAAAGGACUGAAAGCGAAAGUCAAUCGACUCAAUGAGAUGCAAGGGAAACCUGAGCUGAGAGGCUACAAUCUUUCUCCUCUGUCCUCUGAUGAGAUCAAAGCUAUUAACAGCCUCAUUAAGAGAUGACAUCAGAUCUGUGGACUGCGGAAUAUUCCUGACGACAAAGAAAACCUGUUGACAAGAUGGCAAAGACCUGCAACUCUCGGUCAAGCAGAUGGAGCUGUGAUGGACGAAUUGAUGUAAUUGAUGAUUAAAUAUUCACCGGCCAUUAGGAUAUAUUUCCAAUUCUUGUCAAAUAUUGUGUUCUAAAAUCUUGAAUUUAGAAAAACAGGAAGUGCAUUUAUGACACUUUUGGAUUAUGAUUUUACCAUUGCUGUAAUAUACAUGUCCAUUGCUAUGUGGUAUACCCACAAGGUGGCAGUGCAUUGCAAGUGCAUAGCAGUGUUUUAUUUCAGUCGUUGUCUCCACAGCCUCACAGCCAGUCUUUAUAUCAGCACUGCUUUAUAAUAACCCGUGUACUGCACAUGAAAGUUGGUUAAUAAACAACAAUAGAAGUCCA